GUAAAAUGGCUGUGAGUGUGUGAUAAACAAAAAAAUCCUGUUUGUUUUGAAUUUUGAAACAAAUGUUGUGAAUAGAAUUUUCCGGAAAAAUCGUAAAAAAAAACAUCUUUUACGCAUCAUCAGCAAUGGUGAAUGUUAUGAAAGGAGUUUUGGUUGAAUGUGAUCCGGCUAUGAAACAGUUCCUUCUGCACCUGGACGAAACACAAUCCCUGGGGCGUAAAUUUAUCAUUCAGGACCUAGACGAACGGCAUCUUUUCAUUUCGGUCGACAUAAUCGAAACUUUGCAGGCCCGAGUUGAUGAUUUGAUGGACAGAAUCAGCGUUUCGCUGCACGAAAAAGAAACUUAA